UGUGUAGCACAUCAGGCUUUUUGAACAGCGCUGAGCUCAUAUCUGCUCAAACCCGCUUAAAGUCUUGAUUAAUCCUUUUCUACCCGCUUUUAGAAAUGGCCACCAUGACGCCCAAAGCCCCGGCAUCGUUUUCCGUUGCGCAAAAGCAACGAGCGAUCGAGGCUCAAGCGUCGAUGACAAAAGCAUUGAAAGAACACCGGUUUGGAGAGGCACUUGAACACGCGAAGACAGCGGUGUCUCUGGACCCCAACAACGCGAUGCUAAAGGAGUUUGUUCGGUUGCUAGAGGAGAAACAAGACCUUGAAGCAACCGAUGACGAGGAGGGGGAGGGCGCCCCUGCAGCUGCCGGGACAGCAGCUGCUGCGGACGCGGAGGAGAGCGAGGAAAGCGAGGAGGAUGAGGAGGACGAGGGGGAAGACGAGGACGAAGACGAGGAGGAGGAGGACGAGGAGGAGGAGGAGGAGGAGGAGCUGGAACCCGAGGUGCUCGCCGCGCUGCAGCGGCUGCGGCUCGGGGCUGCCGGCGGCAAAGCCGCCGCCGGCAAGGCGCCUACUGCCUCGCCAACCGGCCCCGCGCCCGCCAGCCUGGACGCCGCUCAGCGCAAGGCCAUGCGCGCGGGCCUCGCCGCUAGCAUCAAGGAACUCAAGGAGGUGGAGCAGAUGAAGAAGCUGAUGGCGGAUGACCCGUUGCUGGGAGCGUAAGAGGAAGACAGGGGAGGUCAGAGGUGGCUCGGAUGAAGAGGUGCAGAUGAUGGUGUAGGGGAGGUGCGAGGAGGUGCAGGGAGGGCGCUGAGGAUUGGGCGGAGCAGCAGGCGGAGGGGCUAAGGUCUGCGUCUCGUUGAAGCUGGCUCGGUGCAACGGGAGUUUGGCCGGGCAAGUAUCAGGGUUGCGGCAUGGCCUUGUAUGUUGCGAUGUGGCUUGAGGUUUGCUGGCGAGGCCUGCUUGGCGAAACAAGCGGAGCCGGGGGGCCCGGGGAAGGGGGUGGGGUAACGCUGGCCGUGCCGCCGUGACAUAAGCACCCGUCUCAACAGUGGUUCCCCCUGUUCCACCCUGUAUAACCGAUAUAUUUUGUUACUGUGUAUGAGUUGCGUCUGGUCCUGGAGUCUCUGGCUC